GGCAGCUGACAGGUGCCCGUUUCGGUGGGAGGGAAUGAAACAUGUUUACAACAAUGAGUGACAGACGUACACAUUUCGAAAGAUCAACUGAACAUUCACUAUAAACAUGCCUUCUUUUGUGUGGACAUUGAUUAUCAUUGGUAUUCUCUUCUGGCUUCUGAGCAGGGUUAUUGCCUGGCUGAUCUCUCUCGUCCUGAAGAAGUACUUCGACAUCCAGGUCAAGUUCGGGAAAAUUGGACUGUUCAACUUUGGAAAUGUUCAGAUUGUCAUUAAGAGAGGAUUAAGUGUGGAACUUGAUCGUAUAUGGCUGUCAAGCUGUUUUCUCAAUCCCGAUGUGAAGAAGCCAGUUGUGGUGUGCAUCCAAGACGUCCGAGUUCAAGCUGAUGUUGGGAGAGACAACGGAGAUGGCCAUGGCAGACAGACACCAGACAGGCAGACACAGAGACAGGCAGAUCCCCAGACCCAGAGACACAGGGACAUGACACAGGUUCUUGCUCUGGCACAGUUUGUGGGAGUGCGCGUACAAAACCUGACAGUGUUGCUGCUCAAGACGAUGGUGCCAGACUGCCUGAUCCACAUCACCGGCCAGGAGAUCGCCGCGGACCUCUGUGUGGAAAAUGACUGCUGCCUUGUGUCUUUGAACUUAAACGGGAUCACAUGUAAAGCUCUUCGAAGUGUGGAGGAGGAGCCGUCUUCAGCCCCAUCAUGUCUCUGGGAGGUGUCCGUCUCACUCUUCACUGAAAUCAAAGCCAACAAGGAAGAUCCUCGGAAACUGAAGAUUCUCCGUGUUCUGGUAUCCAAACCACAGAUGAUGAUAACAGAAGGAUUUCUUACCAGCCUCCAGGGCAUUGAGUCCAACAUGGCCAUUCCAGCGGACACACAGACAGCACCAGCCGAAACAGAGAACUUGGAAGAGCAGCCGAAGCCUAUUGACUUCCAGAAAUAUUCCAGUAUUCAAGAAGUUGGCAUAGACUUCACCGAACUUGAUGUGAAGAUUGUCAGGGAAAAGAAACAACGGAGUCUGUCUGUAUCACUGAAGCUGUUUCAUGUGGGUUUCCAUAACCAGAGCCGAGAGCGAGCCACCGACCUGACACUCAGUGUCCUGCUUGAAGACUUUUAUACCAGUUCCCCCCAACACCAGUUUGCUGGCUUGAAGAAGAUUGACAUCAAAACUCAGCUCCUGGGUGACCUGGUAAACAUGAACAUCUCCGUCCUGAACGGCUUCUUCCACUACCACCACGAGGAGGUCCAGUAUUGGGUCCUGGUGCUAUCCAAGAUGUCACAAGGGGAGGUAACUCCACCUCCACCACGAAGACCUGCACGCCCGUCGCCAACAAAGUUGUUUCUGAUGUCUUGGGUGCUGGGCAAGAAAUGCAACUCUGUGGUUGUGAUGACAGACCUGUCCUCCAUGUUCUCCACAGCGUCCUGUGCCGGCUUCAGACUCGGCAUCACCAGGUCCAAACUCACCUGGUUCUUUAAACCAGGACUCAAAGGGCAUGGCGAGCACACAGAAGACACCCCCUGGACUCAGUCACAUGACAUGACAUGUGAACUGGAAACAGAAAAUAUCUACUGUUGCCAUGCUGACAAGAAGGUUGCCAUUGACAACAUGUCUCGUAAGAAACACUACUGGGACCAGGUGUUCUACUUGGGGAUCCUUAUACUCAAGAUGAAGAAGCUGGGCCGUGAGUUGAAGAUAGAGGGCAUGAAAGACAAUGUCCAGCUGGAGUGGUCAACCAAUACACUGACCUCUCUGCAGAGCCUCAUCACCUCCUUCAAAAAGAUCAAACCUCCCCCCACCCCCCGGGCUGUGUCCCCUCCAUCCCCUCCCCCCACUACCUCCACCCGCACGACAUCCUCUGUGCUGGCUCAGUUCCUCAUCUCAGUCAAGUUUGAUGUGUCCGACCUCAACAUAUUCCUGUGCAAUAAUUUCAAAGUGUGUUUGAUGUUACGAGUUGACAACAUCACAGUCGACCAUCGACAGUCUCUGUCUACACUGGCCGUGGACGGAGCCAAGAUUGUCUAUAUGCCCCAAGAGGAUGAUCAAUACACACUGACCCGGUCCAGUGAGUUGACCAGUCCAGCCGCACAGAUCAGGGAGAUACGGGUCAAGGUCAAGUCUGCUGAAAAGGAGAUCCAGGUUCACAUCCUGAAGGAGCUAGGACUGGAGUGGAACACGUCAUGUCACAUGUGUCUACAGCAGGCUCUUCUUGACUUCACUCAUUUAAAGGCAAUACUCAAAGCAAAAGAAGACAAUCCUCUAUCACCUCCAAAGUCUUCCUCUGAGAAGUCUUCCAGUGUGUGUGUGAAUGUCCUGGUACAUGCAGAGACUAGGCUCACCCUGCAGCUGUCUAGAGGACACAGCGUGACAGUGACGACAGACAGCAUCCUGCUGACCGCCACUCUGCCUGACAUGUUGAUGGAAGUGCAGAACUUCACCGUGCAGUUCGACCAACAUCGGACAGUCACCAUCAAGGACCUCGUCGUGGAAACUCUCCAGCCAUCAACACUGAGUGCUGUCAGACAAGGGGUCCGGAAACUCACCCUGCCCACAAACAAAGCAUGGAGCAUAUCGUUUAACAGUUUCGAGAUUGUGUUUCCCUACAAGUACAACUUCGCCGCCUGCUUUGAGGAGGUUGUGAACUUUGUGAAAUGGCUGAAGCUGGUGCACCACAUCAAGAAGAAGCCCUUCACAGUCGACAGUCCUCUCCCUCCAGAUCUGCAGAUUAAAGUCAAGUUCUUCAGUGUACAGAUCUGUGAUGACCCCUUUGAGGUGAAGCUUGGUGACAACUACGAGCUGCUGAAGGACGAAGGGGAACAGAACGAGACGCGGCGGACACUGAUGGACAAGAAGAUUCUGGAACUGCAGAGAAACAAACGCCGGAUACCUUUGGACAAGCAGGAGGAGCUGUACCUGUCCCUGGCCAAGCGGAGUGCAGAGGUAUACAUCCAGCGGUGCCAGCAGCAGUACAGCAACACCCCCAUGAGGACCAAACUGUUCACCUGGACCUUCGAGGACCUGGAGAUAACAGCCCUGGCUGACCGCUCCUACCACGGCAAGGAGAACGUCGUCAAGCACAUGCAGCAGGUCGACCCGGACAGCCCGUACCCUGAUGAGGGUCUGGAGUUCUCCACGCUGUGGUGCCGCAACGUCAACAUCAGCAUCCGGUCGUGGAUCGUGCGACUGCGAGACUACUCCCAGCCCAUGAUAGACGUGGAGGACCUGAACAUGUGGGGCUUGUUCAUCGCCGCGGAGCAGGAGGGAAACAAGAGAGCCCGGCGGUCGUGUGUGGUGGAGGUGGACGAACCCUGGGGCAACAUGUCGGUGGAGCGAAGUCUGCCCCCUCUCAAGUUCUUCUACGAUCUCAGCUGUGAUGUUUCCUCGUUCACCAUGGCGUACGGAGUAUGCUGGGAGCCCACUGUUGCUCUGUUCAACCUGUCCAUGGACCUCAUCAACAAGCCCUCCAUUGACCCCAGCGCCCCGCUGCCCUUCUGGGACAAGAUACGCCUGCUGAUGCACGGACGCUUGACCAUGUCCAUCCAGAAGAUGAGCUGGCAGUACCAUGCGUCCUUCGACCCCUUCAACACCACAGAACUAAUGGACUGGACGUGGACGGGGGUCAUUGUCGACUGGACGAACGGAAAGUGGGUGUUGAAGGGUGACCUUGACGUGUACACGCGCACCGCCUCCAAGUACGACGACAUCAGACUCCUGCAUCUACCCAACGUCCGCUUCUGUGUUCGCCUGGAGUGGCUGUGUCUGGGAGGGGCCAAUGACCAUCACUCUGUCAUGCCCUGCGCCCCCGACAAGGUCCCGGACUACUCCAUGGGGGAGCACGACUCAUUCCGGGCCUUCCGGUCGGAGAACUUGAACCUGGACAUCAGUCUGGACACCAAGGACACGUCGGAGGACGACCCACGGAUACCCAGCUGCACCUGCUACGCCAGCACUCUGCGCUUCCUGGACAAGAUCAAGCAAUGUAUGUUCAGCACCACCCGCCCCGUGAGACGAGGGAAGCUGUUCAGUGUCAAGUCUCCCAGGAAGCUGCAGCUGACCAGACAGUACAGAAAAAUCAAACUACAUGUCAACUUUCAUCGCUUUGAGAUUUGUUACAAGAUGUCUUUCUCGAACCAACAUGGUGGUGAGCUGCUGGCAGACUCCUUCGUUCUUCACAUGUGCAACAAGCUGACGCUGGUUCCUAUAGAGGAUGGCCUGUGUCAUCGUCCCCAGGCUGACUGGAGCGUCCGCUACCUCAACUGUGAGCUGGGCACCACCAAGCUGUGGCUGUGCAAGUCCCGGGCAGACAGGGAGGAGGAGGAGAUGAAUGUGUCCAUUAGGAAUCCCUUAGAGAAGAGUUUCUUCAUGAGCAUCGCGAGAGUGUCCUACCAGAGAUCUGAUGCAAGCAGGGAGAACGAGACUAAACUAGGCAGCAUGGAAGCUGACGAGCCCCACCAGCGUGUGCAGAUCUACGACAUGAAGGGUGCCUGGACCAAGAAGAACCGGAAUGUCGUCAUCAACUUGUACGACAGCAUCCAGAAGGCCCGGACUCUGAGGCGGAACGUGUCGUCCGAGGCCCUGAAGGGUUUCAAGGUGGAGGACAGUCAGAGGAAGAGUCGUUCCUCAUCCUGUAUCAGCCCGAACUCACCAUUUACGUCGGACUUCGGCCCGAGUCAGACAAAGAUGCAGUCUGGCCACGCCUUGUCCAUGUUGAUGAAGCUGGUGUCGGAGUCCGACAGCAAGUCUAUUGCCUUCACAGAGGAGCCUUCCAGUGACAACGUGGAACAGCUCCGAGGUAUAGCAGCCUGUCAGACGGAUGACGUCCUGCGCAAGAACUGGCACAUUGAGCUCCACAACAGUCAGAUGUUGAUGAAGGGCAUCGAGACGCCAGGCUACGUGAUCGUGAGUGCGGCCAAGGCACAGGUGCUGUCGUGUGACCAUCACCCCAUCUGGAAGCAGAGUCAGUUGCGCAGCAAGACCACGUGGGUCAGCAGCGUGGAGUGCAUGCAGUACUAUGCCACCGUGGACCCAGGCCCGGACUUUGACGAUGAGAACAUUCCCUGGCUCACCAUAGAGAAUGUUGAGGAUCGGUUUGAGGAGGAUCUGUCUGGUGUGCCCGAGAUGGUCGGCAGUGGACACAGUGUGGGCGGAGUCGUUGGUGAUACUGUGGGGCCCUCGGAGGAGAGCUCCACCAGUGACGGCAUCCAACUGCAGCGAAUCAUCUCCCGAUGUAAAUGUCAGCUCUUCUACGUCAACUACGGUGAGGUGGAACCGGAGAAGAUGCCGCAAGUACCCAAGCCGCCUGCGGAGGACGAGGACAUGAUGGGCGUGGAGGAGGGAGUGGACACCUUCACCCUCCUGCAUCACGACCUCAACAUGUGCUCCAACACGCUGCAGUAUUCUAUGAUCCUGGACAUCGUGAACAACCUCCUGCUGCGAGUGGAGCCCAAGGCCAAGGAGGCCAGUGAGAAGCUGCAGAGUAUGAGGUUCAAGCUGAUGCUGUGUUGUGUGGAGGACCAGAAGACUCCCAUCCUGCAGCUUCAGGAGCAAGUCAGGAGUCAGGUGUUGCAGCAGCGGAAAUUAGAGCGGGAUCUCUACAUGAUACACAAGGACCUGGAGGAAUGUCCUUCUGAAGAUGAUUUGUCGGAACGGAGUGACAUCUUGGAGCAUGAAGUUUACUCUGUCAAGGAACAAAUCAACAAACUCAACGAGGAGCUGUCCAUCAGAAUCAGUUGUUACAAGGAAAGCCAGCUUCAAGUAAAGGCUCAAAUGAAGAUGGAAAAAGCCCAGGCCACGGUCAACCGACUCAAUGAGGUGUGCUUCAAGUUUGCCCAGUGGAGACUCACAGAGAAGGACGGCCAGCUCGGGAUCACGGAUCUCACUCUUCGUAACUUUGUCUACACCAAGACCAACAGGGAUGAUGACUCGUGGACACAUCAGCUGGAGUUGGGAUGGGUGAGGAUGACAAACCUCCUGCCAAGUUCUAUAUAUAAGGACGUCCUUGUGCCUCGAGAUGGCCAGAACAAAGAUGUGGACAAGAGGAUGAUGACGCUCAGGAUUGUCUGCAGCGAGAGGCCACCAGUGGGUGGCAUCGCUGUGAAGGAGCACUUUGAGGUGAACGUUGUACCGAUACAGAUACAACUCACGUACCAGUUCUACCAGGCGGUCAUGGGCUUCUUUUUCCCAGAUAAAAACAUCGAGACCGAUGACCAGCAAGAGGAAGAAGAAGUGAAGGGAAAGAAGAAGUCGGAUAAGAAGUCCAAGAAGGAGAAGGAGACCCCGGUGAAGAAGGCUCCAUCGUUCAGCAACACCGACGACAUUGACAAGAUGAGGGAGCGUGCAGCCAAUAACAACACAUUCGUGUACACCAAGAUCCCGGAGGUCAAUCUCAGGGUCAGCUACAAGGGCCAGAAGGACAAGAACAUUGAAGACGUCCACGACUUCAGCUUUGUUCUGCCCACCAUGGAGUACCACAACUGUAUCUGGACCUGGUUUGAUCUCCUCAUGGCUCUCAAGAACCACAGCAAAAGGACGCUGUUGUCACAGGCUAUCAAGCAGAAGCUGCACAUGAAGUCACGGGCAGGCGACGAUGUGCCACUGACCGAUGUCCAGCAGGAAGAAGACAAGGCCAAGAUGCAGAUGCUGCUGGGAGCAAAACUACUUGCUGGUCAAGACAAACCCAACAAGAAAAGCCUGUUUGGAAAAUCCCACAAGUCAUAGACUUUGUCAGCACUAAAAUAACAGAAUACCAGAGCGCUAAAAUAGCAGAACACCAAAGUACUAAAUGCUUCAGUGAUACUCAUCAGCAUAUUUCAAAGUAUAUAUAUAUACCAAAUGUAUAAAUGCCAAAACUUAAAGAUUGUCCGGCUAUAUUUGUGAACGUGAUGUACGGGUUGUGCCUUACACUUAAAACCCCUAGUAGAUGGUGCAAGCUGCAUGUAUAUUUCUCUAAUAUAUGUGCCAAAAUAUUCUAUUUACUUUUCAAUAAGUGAUGUUGGAAUUCAGAUCUCCUGGGUGGUUUGCUUGAAGAUAUUGAUUAUGCUAUUUAUAAUAUUUUACAUAUCGUGCAAGUGCUGUUUGAACUCAUGUAUGGAUAAUUUUAAUAUAUGCACACCAUUAUUCCAAUUUCUUGUAUGUUUAUUUGCCCUAUGCUUGAUGCAGCUUAAUAGAUGUGAGUGAAACCAGUGGUCGAUAACAUGAGCAGCCACGCCUUCACACACAGCUAGGUCACACAUUGUAACCAUAUCUAAACCUGCUCCGAGUUUGAUAUUCGGCCCCAAGUCUGAAGCAAAUUCCCAAAUUGAAAUGACAAAUUACCCAAUUCAUAUAUAUUAUAGCAAUAACUAAUGUUAUGGCUCUGUCGAAGAAACAUUUCAGCCCCUGAAAGUUGAUACUGUUCCUGAUAUGAUCAAUGUCACAUUGUGAUACACACGUUUCAGAGAAUGUUUUCAACUUUUGAAUCUGUAUUACUGCUCUUUUCACUAAUCAUUAAAUUUGUGUCUGUUCAAAGUAAAUAGUAUUCAUACCAUUCCACCUAGCCUUGUUUUUGUCUUUUAAGUCAGUUGUCUUGACUUUGUUUAGGGACUGGAAUGUUGCUGUGGUAUUUUCAAUGGAUUUUUUCACCUUUUACAUAAAAUAUCUUGCAGAAUCAGUUAUAUGAAUAUUUAAGCAUUAUUUCUUAGAUUGUUAGAGACUAGACAUCUGUGAAACAAUAUCUGACAGCUGCUAAAUAAGCAUUGUCAAGAAAUAAGGUGCCAUAUUUGAGAUGUUAUACAUAUUAAUGUGAAUCUGUGGUAUUUGUACUCUGUAGACACAAAAUGCGAUGUGCAAUGCUAAUUUUCAAAAGAAUUUUCGGAUUCUGAACAAGAUUGCCAAAAUCAUGAACUUAAUUUGUUCAUUGUUCAGUUAUAGAUCUAAUUAGCUAAUCUAUGCAUCUUUUGUCAGUGACAGCAAUAUUUUCAAACAUCAGUAAUUAAAUGUCACGCUGUUGCAAGGAAGCUUUAAAACACUUGUGCAAUUCAUUAUGUGUAUGUGCAUCUGAACCAUAUAGUCUUUCAUUUCACUCAAAAAUAAAAAUAUUUGAAAAUUA